GUACUGCGGACAUAAUUGUUGAUGGCGUUGGUGGUUUACCUCAGGUAAAGAAGAAGGAUAAGAAAAAGCCGGUUAAAAAAGAAGUUAAACCUGCUAAAGAGGAUGCCAAGGAAAAGAAAGUUUCAAAGCAGCUUGCCAAAAUCAAGGAGGAAAUCGCCAGAAGGAGGGAGGAAGAAGAGCGCGCACGGCGUGAAGCUGAGGAAGAAGAACGGAGGUUAGAGGAGGAAAGGCGGAAGGAGGAGGAGAAAGAAGCUAGAGAACGGGAGUUACGGGAACGUAGGAAGCAAAAGGAGAAAGAGCGAAAACUGAGAUUAAAGGAAGAAGGUCGGUUGCUAAGUGAAAAACAGAAAGAGGACCGUCGGAAAGUUCUUGAGCUAAUGCAGUCUCGAGGCAUAGAUGUUCCAAGCGAUGUCAUGGAGAUAGAGAAGAAGAAACCUCAGUAUGCAAAAUUGAAAAAGCGCGGAACAGCUGCUCAAAAAACAGAUGACAUUAACGAACCUCAGUUUGAAGACAAUGUUACUCUUCAGAGCAGUCCUGAUGAGGAAGUAGUGUCUACUUGGGAAAUUUUGGCCGAUGCGCUGGAUAAACGAGUAAAUAAGGGUUCUGUUGAUAAUGGUUAUCACGUAAAUGACUUUGACGCAUCUGCGAACAGUGGACCAUUGCGCAGUGAACCCACAGAAACCUUUAGCCACAGUGAGGUUCAGCUUUCUGAGGAGGAGAAGGAACGCCUAAUUGAAGCGGCUAAGAACUCUAUCAAAGAAAGGCAUGCGAUUUUCGAGGCGAACCGAAGUGAGGAAAAUUUGCGAGCUGGAGUCAUUUGCGUCUUGGGACAUGUCGAUACCGGAAAAACUAAGAUCCUAGAUAAACUGAGAAAUACUCACGUACAAGAUCGGGAAGCCGGCGGUAUCACACAGCAAAUAGGAGCCACGAAUGUUCCGUUGGAGAAUAUCAUAGCUGCUACUGCAAUGUGUAGCUAUUUUCCAGCUAAUCGACUUAGACUACCUGGUAUGUUGAUAAUCGACACUCCGGGGCACGAGUCAUUCAGCAAUUUACGAGUCCGUGGAUCGUCUCUCUGUGAUCUAGCCAUCUUAGUAGUUGAUUUGAUGCACAGUCUUGAAGAGCAGACGAAGGAAUCUAUCCGCAUAUUACGUUCUCGUAAGACACCUUUCAUAGUUGCUUUAAACAAAAUUGAUCGAUUGUAUGGAUGGAAAUCAUCUCCUAAUGUCGAUGUACAAACAACCUUGGGACUACAGGACUCGAUGACGAAGAACGAUUUUGACGAUCACCUCAGGAAGGCCCUGGGGGGGGGGGGGGGGGGGGGGGGGGGGGGGGGGGGGGGGGGGGGGGGGGGGGGGGGGGGGGGGGGGGGGGGGGGGGGGGGGGGGGGGGGGGGGGGGGGGGGGGGGGGGGGGGGGGGGGGGGGGGGGGGGGGGGGGGGGGGGGGGGGGGGGGGGGGGGGGGGGGGGGGGGGGGGGGGGGGGGGGGGGGGGGGGGGGGGGGGGGGGGGGGGGGGGGGGGGGGGGGGGGGGGGGGGGGGGGGGGGGGGGGGGGGGGGGGGGGGGGGGGGGGGGGGGGGGGGGGGGGGGGGGGGGGGGGGGGGGGGGGGGGGGGGGGGGGGGGGGGGGGGGGGGGGGGGGGGGGGGGGGGGGGGGGGGGGGGGGGGGGGGGGGGGGGGGGGGGGGGGGGGGGGGGGGGGGGGGGGGGGGGGGGGGGGGGGGGGGGGGGGGGGGGGGGGGGGGGGGGGGGGGGGGGGGGGGGGGGGGGGGGGGGGGGGGGGGGGGGGGGGGGGGGGGGGGGGGGGGGGGGGGGGGGGGGGGGGGGGGGGGGGGGGGGGGGGGGGGGGGGGGGGGGGGGGGGGGGGGGGGGGGGGGGGGGGGGGGGGGGGGGGGGGGGGGGGGGGGGGGGGGGGGGGGGGGGGGGGGGGGGGGGGGGGGGGGGGGGGGGGGGGGGGGGGGGGGGGGGGGGGGGGGGGGGGGGGGGGGGGGGGGGGGGGGGGGGGGGGGGGGGGGGGGGGGGGGGGGGGGGGGGGGGGGGGGGGGGGGGGGGGGGGGGGGGGGGGGGGGGGGGGGGGGGGGGGGGGGGGGGGGGGGGGGGGGGGGGGGGGGGGGGGGGGGGGGGGGGGGGGGGGGGGGGGGGGGGGGGGGGGGGGGGGGGGGGGGGGGGGGGGGGGGGGGGGGGGGGGGGGGGGGGGGGGGGGGGGGGGGGGGGGGGGGGGGGGGGGGGGGGGGGGGGGGGGGGGGGGGGGGGGGGGGGGGGGGGGGGGGGGGGGGGGGGGGGGGGGGGGGGGGGGGGGGGGGGGGGGGGGGGGGGGGGGGGGGGGGGGGGGGGGGGGGGGGGGGGGGGGGGGGGGGGGGGGGGGGGGGGGGGGGGGGGGGGGGGGGGGGGGGGGGGGGGGGGGGGGGGGGGGGGGGGGGGGGGGGGGGGGGGGGGGGGGGGGGGGGGGGGGGGGGGGGGGGGGGGGGGGGGGGGGGGGGGGGGGGGGGGGGGGGGGGGGGGGGGGGGGGGGGGGGGGGGGGGGGGGGGGGGGGGGGGGGGGGGGGGGGGGGGGGGGGGGGGGGGGGGGGGGGGGGGGGGGGGGGGGGGGGGGGGGGGGGGGGGGGGGGGGGGGGGGGGGGGGGGGGGGGGGGGGGGGGGGGGGGGGGGGGGGGGGGGGGGGGGGGGGGGGGGGGGGGGGGGGGGGGGGGGGGGGGGGGGGGGGGGGGGGGGGGGGGGGGGGGGGGGGGGGGGGGGGGGGGGGGGGGGGGGGGGGGGGGGGGGGGGGGGGGGGGGGGGGGGGGGGGGGGGGGGGGGGGGGGGGGGGGGGGGGGGGGGGGGGGGGGGGGGGGGGGGGGGGGGGGGGGGGGGGGGGGGGGGGGGGGGGGGGGGGGGGGGGGGGGGGGGGGGGGGGGGGGGGGGGGGGGGGGGGGGGGGGGGGGGGGGGGGGGGGGGGGGGGGGGGGGGGGGGGGGGGGGGGGGGGGGGGGGGGGGGGGGGGGGGGGGGGGGGGGGGGGGGGGGGGGGGGGGGGGGGGGGGGGGGGGGGGGGGGGGGGGGGGGGGGGGGGGGGGGGGGGGGGGGGGGGGGGGGGGGGGGGGGGGGGGGGGGGGGGGGGGGGGGGGGGGGGGGGGGGGGGGGGGGGGGGGGGGGGGGGGGGGGGGGGGGGGGGGGGGGGGGGGGGGGGGGGGGGGGGGGGGGGGGGGGGGGGGGGGGGGGGGGGGGGGGGGGGGGGGGGGGGGGGGGGGGGGGGGGGGGGGGGGGGGGGGGGGGGGGGGGGGGGGGGGGGGGGGGGGGGGGGGGGGGGGGGGGGGGGGGGGGGGGGGGGGGGGGGGGGGGGGGGGGGGGGGGGGGGGGGGGGGGGGGGGGGGGGGGGGGGGGGGGGGGGGGGGGGGGGGGGGGGGGGGGGGGGGGGGGGGGGGGGGGGGGUGGGGGGGGGGGGGGGGGGGGGGGGGGGGGGGGGGGGGGGGGGGGGGGGGGGGGGGGGGGGGGGGGGGGGGGGGGGGGGGGGGGGGGGGGGGGGGGGGGGGGGGGGGGGGGGGGGGGGGGGGGGGGGGGGGGGGGGGGGGGGGGGGGGGGGGGGGGGGGGGGGGGGGGGGGGGGGGGGGGGGGGGGGGGGGGGGGGGGGGGGGGGGGGGGGGGGGGGGGGGGGGGGGGGGGGGGGGGGGGGGGGGGGGGGGGGGGGGGGGGGGGGGGGGGGGGGGGGGGGGGGGGGGGGGGGGGGGGGGGGGGGGGGGGGGGGGGGGGGGGGGGGGGGGGGGGGGGGGGGGGGGGGGGGGGGGGGGGGGGGGGGGGGGGGGGGGGGGGGGGGGGGGGGGGGGGGGGGGGGGGGGGGGGGGGGGGGGGGGGGGGGGGGGGGGGGGGGGGGGGGGGGGGGGGGGGGGGGGGGGGGGGGGGGGGGGGGGGGGGGGGGGGGGGGGGGGGGGGGGGGGGGGGGGGGGGGGGGGGGGGGGGGGGGGGGGGGGGGGGGGGGGGGGGGGGGGGGGGGGGGGGGGGGGGGGGGGGGGGGGGGGGGGGGGGGGGGGGGGGGGGGGGGGGGGGGGGGGGGGGGGGGGGGGGGGGGGGGGGGGGGGGGGGGGGGGGGGGGGGGGGGGGGGGGGGGGGGGGGGGGGGGGGGGGGGGGGGGGGGGGGGGGGGGGGGGGGGGGGGGGGGGGGGGGGGGGGGGGGGGGGGGGGGGGGGGGGGGGGGGGGGGGGGGGGGGGGGGGGGGGGGGGGGGGGGGGGGGGGGGGGGGGGGGGGGUGGGGGGGGGGGGGGGGGGGGGGGGGGGGGGGGGGGGGGGGGGGGGGGGGGGGGGGGGGGGGGGGGGGGGGGGGGGGGGGGGGGGGGGGGGGGGGGGGGGGGGGGGGGGGGGGGGGGGGGGGGGGGGGGGGGGGGGGGGGGGGGGGGGGGGGGGGGGGGGGGGGGGGGGGGGGGGGGGGGGGGGGGGGGGGGGGGGGGGGGGGGGGGGGGGGGGGGGGGGGGGGGGGGGGGGGGGGGGGGGGGGGGGGGGGGGGGGGGGGGGGGGGGGGGGGGGGGGGGGGGGGGGGGGGGGGGGGGGGGGGGGGGGGGGGGGGGGGGGGGGGGGGGGGGGGGGGGGGGGGGGGGGGGGGGGGGGGGGGGGGGGGGGGGGGGGGGGGGGGGGGGGGGGGGGGGGGGGGGGGGGGGGGGGGGGGGGGGGGGGGGGGGGGGGGGGGGGGGGGGGGGGGGGGGGGGGGGGGGGGGGGGGGGGGGGGGGGGGGGGGGGGGGGGGGGGGGGGGGGGGGGGGGGGGGGGGGGGGGGGGGGGGGGGGGGGGGGGGGGGGGGGGGGGGGGGGGGGGGGGGGGGGGGGGGGGGGGGGGGGGGGGGGGGGGGGGGGGGGGGGGGGGGGGGGGGGGGGGGGGGGGGGGGGGGGGGGGGGGGGGGGGGGGGGGGGGGGGGGGGGGGGGGGGGGGGGGGGGGGGGGGGGGGGGGGGGGGGGGGGGGGGGGGGGGGGGGGGGGGGGGGGGGGGGGGGGGGGGGGGGGGGGGGGGGGGGGGGGGGGGGGGGGGGGGGGGGGGGGGGGGGGGGGGGGGGGGGGGGGGGGGGGGGGGGGGGGGGGGGGGGGGGGGGGGGGGGGGGGGGGGGGGGGGGGGGGGGGGGGGGGGGGGGGGGGGGGGGGGGGGGGGGGGGGGGGGGGGGGGGGGGGGGGGGGGGGGGGGGGGGGGGGGGGGGGGGGGGGGGGGGGGGGGGGGGGGGGGGGGGGGGGGGGGGGGGGGGGGGGGGGGGGGGGGGGGGGGGGGGGGGGGGGGGGGGGGGGGGGGGGGGGGGGGGGGGGGGGGGGGGGGGGGGGGGGGGGGGGGGGGGGGGGGGGGGGGGGGGGGGGGGGGGGGGGGGGGGGGGGGGGGGGGGGGGGGGGGGGGGGGGGGGGGGGGGGGGGGGGGGGGGGGGGGGGGGGGGGGGGGGGGGGGGGGGGGGGGGGGGGGGGGGGGGGGGGGGGGGGGGGGGGGGGGGGGGGGGGGGGGGGGGGGGGGGGGGGGGGGGGGGGGGGGGGGGGGGGGGGGGGGGGGGGGGGGGGGGGGGGGGGGGGGGGGGGGGGGGGGGGGGGGGGGGGGGGGGGGGGGGGGGGGGGGGGGGGGGGGGGGGGGGGGGGGGGGGGGGGGGGGGGGGGGGGGGGGGGGGGGGGGGGGGGGGGGGGGGGGGGGGGGGGGGGGGGGGGGGGGGGGGGGGGGGGGGGGGGGGGGGGGGGGGGGGGGGGGGGGGGGGGGGGGGGGGGGGGGGGGGGGGGGGGGGGGGGGGGGGGGGGGGGGGGGGGGGGGGGGGGGGGGGGGGGGGGGGGGGGGGGGGGGGGGGGGGGGGGGGGGGGGGGGGGGGGGGGGGGGGGGGGGGGGGGGGGGGGGGGGGGGGGGGGGGGGGGGGGGGGGGGGGGGGGGGGGGGGGGGGGGGGGGGGGGGGGGGGGGGGGGGGGGGGGGGGGGGGGGGGGGGGGGGGGGGGGGGGGGGGGGGGGGGGGGGGGGGGGGGGGGGGGGGGGGGGGGGGGGGGGGGGGGGGUGGGGGGGGGGGGGGGGGGGGGGGGGGGGGGGGGGGGGGGGGGGGGGGGGGGGGGGGGGGGGGGGGGGGGGGGGGGGGGGGGGGGGGGGGGGGGGGGGGGGGGGGGGGGGGGGGGGGGGGGGGGGGGGGGGGGGGGGGGGGGGGGGGGGGGGGGGGGGGGGGGGGGGGGGGGGGGGGGGGGGGGGGGGGGGGGGGGGGUGGGGGGGGGGGGGGGGGGGGGGGGGGGGGGGGGGGGGGGGGGGGGGGGGGGGGGGGGGGGGGGGGGGGGGGGGGGGAUGGGGGUGGGGGGUUUUGGGGGGGUGUUUUAGUUUUUUUUUGUUUCUGUCAUUUUUGUUGGCUUUUCAUACCCUUCUCCUGUGCUGUUGUUGUUGUUGAGAGAGAUACACACUGA